GGUAGCUAUAAGGUUUCAUGAUGGCGGCCAUAUCUUCCAAAUAUCCACUUGGAUCUCCUCAAGAACACAUCCCCAUGUGUGAGAAACACAGUAUUAAUAUAGACAUCACUUGUGAGGAUUGUGAUGAAUUUAUUUGUUCGCAAUGUGCCAAAACAGACCACAAGGACCACGACUGGAAGACUAUACCCACAGCAGGAAGUCUAAGGAGACGAGACCUACAGAAGACUUUGGGUAAAAUUAAGGAAAAAGAUGUGAAAACGAGUGAAGAGAAGAUUAGAAAUGCAUCUAAACAAUUGGAAGUCAAUCAGAAACGUUUUGAUUCAGAGGUAUCAAAGCUUCAGAAACAUUAUGACGCGAUUGUCUCAAAACUCGAUGAAAUUAGAAAAAAUAUUGAGACUAAAUUAAGGGAAGUUCUAGAAAGAGAAAAUGCUGAAUUAAAGAGGAAACAAUUAGACCUUAAAAAGAAACAGAUACAAAUCAAUGAUCUUGUGACAUUUCUGGACGAAAAACACAAUACCAUGUCUGACUAUGGUUUGAUAGACAACCUUAGAGACUUGACCAACCUUGUGUUCGAAAGAGAUAGUGAAAUAAAGAGGGGAGAUCAUUUAGUGGAAUACAGAAGAGGGGACAUCAGUGAGGUGUUACUGAAGUCCAUGAUGGGACAAAUCUUCGAUUGGGAUGCCAUUACCAUUACUGAGAGAGGUUUAAUUCAAUAUGGAGACGAAGGAAUAUAUCUUAUGGAGGCAAUAAACGAGGAAUCAAGUUUCGUGAGCGAUACCAAGUCAAAUUAUAUCGAACGAAUUAACAUAAGACGUAAAAAGAGAGAGAAAAUUAAAAUCGAUGCAAAUGAUGCAUGUGUAACAAAACAAGGUGAUGUUUAUGUAACUGAUCGUAAGAACAAUUCCAUUGUCCGUCUGUUUUCGACUGGCUCUAUCUCUAAAGUAUUUAGUACAGCGCCACUGCACCCAGGAGGGAUCUGUCAAUCAACAGAUGAUGGAUUACUGCUUACAUUGAGAGAUGCUGCGUCUGACUUCUUUCAACCAAACUCACAAAGCAGACGUCUUGUCAGACACGUGACACUGACCGGUGACGUCAUCCGUGAGUACGAGUACCAGGAGGACGGUCGGACCAGAUUGUUUAAUGCAGUACGAAGAGUCAGACAGAACGGUAACACUGAUAUAUGUGUAGUGAACAUGAAAAAUGAAACUUUGAGUGACUUGAUGAUUUUAUCCCUAUCUGGAUCUCUGAAGUGGGUCUACCGUGGACAGACCUUAGCUGAGUGUUUUUUUACUGAUGUCGCGUGUGACUCCUACUGCAACAUACUUGCAUGUGAUAUGUUUAACAGCAAAAUCCAUCUUCUGUGUCCUAAUGGGAAUUUUAUAAGGUACCUACUGACAGAGACUGAAGUAAAAGAUCCUUGGUCCAUGUCUCUGUAUAAAUCCACGCUGUGGGUAGGAGACAACCAUGGACUUGUUAAAGUGUUUCAGUACAAGGCAUAAUUAAAACAACUUCAUUGUGUGACAAUGCCACUUAACUCGGGAAUAAUAUAUGAAAGCCAGUGCAUCAGUUUGAAUUAUAUCUAAACCUUAAAAUAAGUUGAGAAUUGUUUUCACAUAAGUGUAACAACCUUUGCUCACUAUCAUAUACCAAAAUUUGUGAGGUAUUUCAAGAAUAAAAUGAACUCUCCAAGUCGGUAUGUGAGCUUCCCUCGAUCCUUUGGACCCCUUCCUAAAUUGUUUAUGUUUACAAUGCAGCCAUUUAAUUCUUGUUUUCCUAUGUUUAUCAUUAUCAAUCAUACAUUAAUAUAUGUAUAUAUGUGUGAAAAGAUGUUUUCAAACAUGUAAUCAAGAUAUAUGUUUUCUAUUAUAAAACUGCACGUAAUUGUUUUCGUCAUAGUAAUAAAACGAUUACAAAAAUGAA